CCUGUCUGCCUUGUGACCAUGAAGGAGACGGACCGGGAGGCUGUUGCAACAGCGGUCCAGAGGGUUGCUGGCAUGCUUCAGCGCCCAGACCAGCUGGAUAAAGUGGAGCAGUACCGCAGAAGAGAGGCUCGGAAAAAAGCCUCCGUGGAGGCCAGAUUGAAGGCCGCAAUCCAGUCGCAGUUGGAUGGGGUGCGCACGGGCCUGAGCCAGCUCCACAAUGCGCUGAAUGAUGUCAAAGACAUCCAGCAGUCGCUGGCCGACGUCAGCAAAGACUGGCGUCAGAGCAUCAACACCAUCGAGAGCCUCAAGGACGUGAAGGACGCAGUGGUGCAGCACAGCCAGCUGGCCGCCGCCGUGGAGAACCUCAAGAACAUCUUCUCAGUGCCCGAGAUUGUGAGGGAGACCCAGGACCUAAUUGAACAAGGGGCGCUCCUGCAAGCCCACCGGAAGCUGAUGGAUCUGGAGUGCUCCCGGGACGGGCUGAUGUAUGAGCAGUACCGCAUGGACAGUGGGAACACACGUGACAUGACCCUCAUCCACGGCUACUUUGGCAGCACACAGGGGCUCUCUGACGAGCUGGCCAAGCAGCUGUGGAUGGUGCUGCAGAGGUCACUGGUCACCGUCCGCCGUGACCCCACCUUGCUGGUCUCAGUUGUCAGGAUAAUAGAAAGGGAAGAAAAAAUUGACAGGCGUAUUCUUGACCGAAAAAAGCAAACUGGCUUUGUUCCUCCUGGGAGGCCCAAAAGUUGGAAAGAGAAAAUGUUUGCCAUCUUGGAGAGGACCGUGACCACUAGAAUCGAGGGCACACAGGCAGACACCAGGGAGUCUGACAAGAUGUGGCUCGUCCGCCACCUAGAAAUUAUAAGGAAGUACGUCCUAGAUGAUCUCAUCAUUGCCAAAAACCUGAUGGUGCAGUGUUUUCCUCCCCAUUAUGAGAUCUUCAAAAACCUCCUGAACAUGUACCACCAAGCCUUGAGCACGCGGAUGCAGGAGCUCGCAUCGGAAGACUUGGAAGCCAAUGAGAUUGUGAGCCUCCUUACGUGGGUCCUGAACACCUACACAAGCAUGGAGAUGAUGGGGAACGUGGAGCUGGCACCAGAAGUGGACGUCAGUACCCUGGAGCCUUUGCUUUCUCCACACGUGGUCUCUGAGCUGCUUGACACAUACAUGUCAACACUCACUUCAAACAUCAUUGCCUGGCUGCGGAAAGCACUAGAAACAGAUAGGAAAGACUGGGUCAAAGAGACCGAGCCCGAAGCAGACCAAGACGGGUACUACCAGACAACGCUGCCUGCCAUCGUCUUCCAGAUGUUUGAACAGAAUCUUCAAGUUGCUGCUCAGAUAAGUGAAGAUUUGAAAACAAAGGUACUAGUUUUGUGUCUUCAGCAAAUGAAUUCUUUCCUAAGUAGAUACAAAGAUGAAGUUCAGUUGUAUAAAGAAGAUCACCUGCGUAAUCGGCAGCACCCGCACUGCUAUGUUCAGUACAUGAUCGCAGUCAUCAACAACUGCCAGACCUUUAAAGAAUCCAUAGUCAGUUUAAAAAGGAAGUAUUUAAGAAAUGGAGUGGAGGAGGGUGCGUCUCUGAGCCAACCAAACAUGGAUGGGAUUUUGGACGCCAUUGCGAAGGAGGGUUGUGGCAGCCUGCUGGAGGAGGUCUUCAUGGACCUGGAGCAACAUCUGAAUGAAUUAAUGACAAAGAAGUGGCUGUUAGGAUCAAACGCUGUGGACAUCAUCUGCGUCACCGUGGAAGACUAUUUCAACGAUUUUGCCAAGAUUAAAAAGCCCUAUAAAAAGAGGAUGACGGCCGAGGCGCACCGGCGCGUGGUGGUGGAGUACCUGCGGGCCGCCAUGCAGAAGCGCAUCUCGUUCCGGAGCGCCGAGGAGCGCAAGGAGGGUGCGGAGAAGAUGGUCCGGGAGGCCGAGCAGCUGCGCUUCCUCUUCCGGAAGCUGGCGUCUGGGUUUGGAGAAGACGUGGAUGGAUACUGUGACACGAUCAUCGCUGUCGCAGAAGUUAUUAAGCUGACAGACCCUUCUCUGCUCUACCUGGAAGUCUCGACUCUGGUCAGCAAAUAUCCAGACAUCAGAGAUGACCACAUUGGUGCACUGCUGGCUUUGCGCGGGGACACCAACCGGGACAUGAAGCAGACCAUCGUCGAGACGCUGGAGCAGGGCCCAACGCAAGCGAGUCCCGGCUACGUGCCCAUCUUCAGGGAGAUCGCCGUGCCCGGCCUGAACGUGGCGAAGCUCCUAAAGUAGCCAUGUCUGUCUGCUCUGUGUGUGCCACUGUGGCCCCGCCUGCCACUCCAGAAACACAUUAAAGCAAAGUCACUCUCCGGGUUCCACCUCUGA